AUGGCGGCUACGGAGGCCGGGCGCGACAUGGCGCUGCGCGAGGCGACCCUGCGCAAGCUGCGGAAGUUCGAGCGCCUCAGAGGCCAAAUUGUCAAGGUGGGAGAAUUCUGGGACGUGGUUGUGAUAACAGCAGCUGAUGAGAAGCAAGAACUGGCUUAUAAGCAGCAGCUCUCCAGAAAGCUCCAGCAGAAGGAGCUCCCCCUGGGUGUCCACUAUCAUGUGUUUGCUGAUCCUGCUGGGGCCAAGAUCGGAAAUGGGGGAUCAACGCUUUGUGCCCUUCAGUGUUUGGAAGAAAUAUAUGGUGAUAGAUGGAAUUGUUUUACCAUCCUAUUAAUUCACUCUGGUGGCUACAGUCAACGCCUACCUAAUGCAAGCGCCCUGGGAAAAAUUUUCACAGCACUGCCUCUUGGUUCCCCAGUUUAUCAAAUGCUAGAGUUGAAGCUGGCCAUGUACAUUGAUUUCCCCUCCCAUAUGAGUCCCGGAAUUCUGGUUACCUGUGCAGAUGAUAUAGAACUUUAUAGUGUUAGAGAAACUGACAUCCUGAGGUUUGAUAAGCCAGGCUUUACUGCUUUGGCUCAUCCUUCCGACUUGCUGAUAGGAACGACCCAUGGGGUAUUUGUGUUAGAACCUUCAGGAAGCUCAGAAUGUGGAGACCUGGAGUACAGGACUUGCCACCGUUUCUUGCACAAGCCCAGCUUAGAAGAGAUGUGUCAGUCUGGUGCUGUAGGCAGAAAGAGAACGCUUUCCCCAAAGAACUUGGCUGUAGGGGACCUUGGUACCCCUAACUCCCACUCCGACUUUGUCUACACAGAUAGCCUAUUCUAUAUGGACCAUAAUUCAGCCCGGAAGUUACUAGCCUUUUAUCAGCAACUCGGGGCCCUGACCUGUGAAAUUGAUGCCUACGGAGACUUCCUGCAGGCCCUGGGCCCUGGAGCAACCAUGGAGUAUACGAAAAACACGGCCAAUGUUACCAGAGAAGAGUCAGGGUUGGUCAAAAUGAGAGAGAAGAUCUUCCAUCUUCUCCAAGGGACACCACUGAACGUUGUUGCUCUUAACAACUCCAAAUUCUAUCACAUUGGCACAACUCGAGAGUAUUUGUACCACUUCACCUCAGAUAGCCCGCUGAAAUCUGAGCUUGGCUUACUGUCCACAGCCGUUAGCGUCUUUCCAGGGGGCUCAGAAGGGUCCUGUGAAGCCCCCUGUGUCAUUCAAAGCAUAAUAGAUUCAAGGGCUUCUGUGGGCCUCGGUUCAGUGGUGGAGUAUUCCUGGUUGGGACCCGAUGUUACAGUUGGAGCCAACAGCAUCAUUAGUGGCUGUCAUGUCCUCACUAAGGCUGCCCUCCCUCCGAGUUCUUUCCUGUGUGCUCUGAGCCUCCGGGUGAACGGACGCAUAAUGUACGCCACAAUGGCAUAUGGCGUGGAAGACAACUUGAAACAGAGUGUAAAGGCUCUGUCAGACAUCCAUUCCCUCCGGUUUUCUGGACUGGGAUUCCUGGAGUGCUUAGAUCUUUGGGGCUUGAAAGGUACGGAAGACCUAUUCUCUGGCAGCCAAACCAGCCUCAGCUUGUGGACUGCCCGGAUCUUCCCGGUGUGCCCAAGCUUGAGUGAGUCGGUGAUGGCCUCCCUCAGGCUGCUGGGUGCUGUGAGGAACGCAUCGCCGUUGUGCCUGACCAGCCACGAGCUCUUGUCCGUUGAAGAAAUGCUCUUCUACAAAGAUGUGGAGGCCAUGAUGAGAUGGAGGGCACACAUUGUUCAGGAAAUCCAUCUCCAGGGGUGCCAAGCAGAUGUGUCAGAGGAAUUCUCCUUUCUGUGCACUCCAUGAAAGGUGAUGCUAAAGGUUGAUGGGUAAUUGGAAGCCCUGCUAAUCAGCUAACAUGAAUCCAUCCAUUUGUUUCACCUUUUGUUAUUAAACCAUUUAACACAAAUGUUAAGUUACCAUGUAGUUUGUUGGCUGGUACACACAGGUGAAGGUGCUAAUCGGUGAUAAAAUCAAAAGCAGCUAGCAGGAAAUUAAAAAAAAUACCUGGAUAAUACACAGAAGAAAAAUAAAUUUGGGGUAUGAACCCAGGUUACUUAGGUGUUCCUAUUGAAAUAUGUAAAAUCUUUGUAUCAAGUUGUAGGCAAAUUUGUUGUGAUUUUUAAUUACCAUGAA